AUGUCAUUGAAAGUAGCAUAUAUCCCAGAACAUUUCUCAACACCAUUAUUCUUAGCUGAAAAACAUGAGUUUUAUAAAGAAGCCAACCUAUCAAUUGAAUUUAUUCCAGUACCAGAAGGAAGUGGCAGGUUAAUUAAAUUACUUAAUUCAAAAGAAGUAGAUUUAGCAAUUGGAUUAACGGAAGCAUUUAUAGCAGAUAUAUCAAAGGGAAAUAAUCAAUUGAAAAUCUUAGAUACUUAUGUUAAUUCUCCAUUAUUAUGGAGUAUAAGUACAGGAUUCAAUAGAGAUGAAAUUUCAAAUACUGAAGAUUUAAAAAAAUUUGGAAAAGUAGGGAUUAGUAGAAUUGGUAGUGGAUCAUAUGUUAUGAGUUUUGUAUUAGCUCAUCAAUUAGGUUUUCAAAAAUUCGAGGAAUUUAAAAUAUGUUCAAAUUUUAAAAAUUUAAGAAAUUCUGUAAACCACUCUGGUAGUGAUGAUAUUGAAAAUAGUGAUUUUUUUAUGUGGGAAUAUUUUACGAGUAAAAAAUAUUAUGAUAACAAUGAGAUUAAAAAAAUUGGAGAAAUUUAUACUCCUUGGCCAAGUUGGGUUAUUGUUGGAUCAUCAACAAGUAUUGAAACAAAGUCAAAAGAAAUUUCAAAUUUUAUUAAAGCUGUAAAUAAGGGAAUAAAUUAUUUUAAUAAUCAUUUAGAUGAAGCAAUUGAAUAUAUAGGUAACAAUUUAGAUUAUUCAAUUGAAGAUGCUAAAAAUUGGACCAAAACUGUUGAAUUUAAUAGUGAAAUUGGUGAAAAACCAUUAGAUUGGGAUAAAAUAGUAACAAAAACAACUAAUGUAUUAAAAGAUGCAGGAGUUUUAAAAGAUGAAGAUGAUAAAAUAAUAAAUGAAAGAUUAGAAUCAAAUGUAUAUAAAACCAAUAUCUAA